AUGGACAAAGAACACGAAGUUUUGCUUAACGCGUUUGUGAUAGCUAAAACACGAUAUCGUGUAUUUUAUAAUGCAGGCAUUUUGGUGUGGGAAGACGAAUCGUCCAAGAAAGCCAAAAACACCGUACCGAUAACGGAUGUGUUGUCGGUGGCACUAUCAAAAUUACCCCAUGCCAAUAGCAAGCAAUGGACGAAACGAAGCAAGCCACCUUCACCAUCGUCAACCAUAGCGCGAAACGAAGCCCACGGCAGCCUGGAUAGCGAUCGUAUUCCAGUGCUCUCGAGUUCGACCACAACCAACACGCUCGCGACGAACAGCAGCAACAUUCCGCACAGCCACAGCAACCGAGCAAGCAACAAUGAUUUAUUCGAUUCGAAUAUUGACCAUCGCGAGGGUGCCGUUUAUAUUGAAAGCACUCCACCGGGCAAUUUGAACUACCUGAUCAUCCACUAUGCCGCCCUCGUGAGCAUGAAAUCGAAUCGCUGGCGUGUGAAGUCCGUUGCGUUGUACAACAGCGAACAACGCAUCGUAGAACUGUGGUGCAAUCGUCUAACGAAUGAUCUUAGAGAGCUAAACCGGCCAAAAAAUUUGUUGCUAUUUUUGAAUCCAUACGGAGGGAAAAAGAACGCAUUGGCCUUGUACGAGCGGUUCGCAAAGCCUUUGUUCCGAUUGGCGGAUGUGGAUAUUAAUUUAAUUAUAACACAGCGCGCACAACAGAUCUACGACAUUGUCACCUCCAAGGGAAUCGUAUUGGAUAAUUACGAUGGAUUGGUUUGUUGCGGUGGAGACGGCACAUUUGCCGAAUUGUUCAACGGACUUGUGACUCGGACAAUGAUGGAUCUUGGUAUAGACAUCAACUACCCGUCCUACCUUCCAAAACCGAACAUUCCGAUCGGAAUCAUUCCUGCCGGCAGCACCGAUACGGUUGCGUGCUGCCUAAACGGCACUACUGACAUAAAGACUUCGAUUAUACACAUCAUUCUGGGGCAGCACAGCGGGCUGGACAUAUCGGCGGUUUACGACACGGAUACCUCCGCAAGAGAUUCCACCAUUCAGCCCAUGGUUUCCGAGACACGGCCCCGUUUGCUGAAACUGUUCGCAAGUGCACUUUCGUACGGUUAUCUGGGCGAUAUUGCUUACGAUAGUGAAAAGUAUCGCUGGAUGGGACCAAAGAGAUAUGAUUAUUCCGGUUUUAAGAAAUUUAUCGCAAACCGUGGCUACAAUGCAGAAAUUGUAGUGCAUCUUGAUCGUUGUGGUAAACAAGACCCGAACGAUGGUGUUCGUUGCAUUGACAAGUGUUCUCGGUGCCAAAAGGCAUUGCUGGCAGGCAACGGCAACGGUGGUUUCGAGGAAACCGACACGGAGCCCCUAGUAGUGCGCGGUAAGUUUCUAAUGGUAAGUGGAGCUAACAUCUCCUGCUCGUGCGAACGCAGCCCGCAAGGGUUUUCGCCCUACUGCCACCUUGGAGAUGGGUUGCUGGAUCUGGUGCUCGUGCGGCACACGUCGAUGUUUAACAACCUUCGACUGUUGCUGACUAUGACGUCAAAAACCAAAAAAUUGAGUGAACUACCGUUUGUCGAAAUUUACCGAACGAAAGAGUUCCGAUUCGUCGCCAACGGACAGACCGACGCGAAUAGUGAAGCAGUCCCUGCGGUUUCCACGGGUAGAAUGCGCCGUUCCAAAUGGAACUGCGAUGGUGAAGUGUUGGUGGACACCAAUAUUCUUGUUGAGUCCAAUUGCCAAUUAGUACAAGUUUUUAGGCGUGGUGUACUACCAACUGGAACUACCGGGGGCGCUGCGAUGCAACAACGGACAACGAAUGAGAAUGAUAAAUCAUCUUGUUGCUUUGGUUUAUGCAAUUAG